AUGUCAAGUGACAGUGUUCUGAGCUCGGAAAGUGAAGAUGAUAAUCAGAGCACUAAAGCUGAAACAAGUGACAUCCAACUAUCGAGAAUCAUUGAAAAUAAACCUAGCAAGAAAUCCAAGAAUUUUAUUUCAAGAAAUAUAGAACUCGCUGGGGACGCAUGUGGCGUGCUUGCCUUCACGGAUGACGAGAAGAAACGACUGUGUGAUCUUCUUCGGGACGAAGAUGACAGUGAAGCAGGAAGUGUGUCUGAGGGUGAGAGAUCAUAUGUGGGCAAAGAAAACAUGUGUUUCUUUCCUGCCUUCACAGUGGAUCCAGAAACAGAUGCUUUACUACAGAGCAUUGACUUAAAGCUCCAGGAAUUUCAAGUUGAAAGGUGUACAGAGAAUGAAGAAACUAAAACACGUGAACAUGAGGAUGAAGUGAGCUCUGUUUAUGAACAGAAAGACCUAAAAAUGAAAAAUUGUCUAAAGGACAUUGAUUGUUCUCUGAAGCAUCUGGAAGAGUCAGCAGCUGAGGUCUGUUCUAUUCAAAAGAUUGAACCAGUUUCACAAGAGGAAAUCGUCAAGAUUCUGAACACUCACUCGUGCAAGACAAUGCGUGACAAUGUCUCGGCCGGUCAGGGGACAAGCAGUGACCCGGAAUGCCAACAGCUUGAGCUACUGCCUCGUGAAGCAAUAGACCAGGUCAUCCAAGAUGCAAAGAACUACAUGCCCUUGUUUCAAUUCAAACACUAAAGAAAAUAUUCAUUUCGCAAAAUUUUCAAAUAUUCUUUUUACUGUAAAAUUUUUGUAGAAUAAAGUCAAUAAAAAAAAAGUAAAAAAAAAAA